GUUAGUUAUGGGUCCUCUAAAACUAAUAUUUAUUUUAACAUGGAUAAGUAACAUAUAUAAUUUGGGAAAUGCUGAGAAUGGGAAUGAUUUUGGUGAGCGUGAUGCUGUUGUGAUAACCGCCUGUGACUUCAAUAACAACGAGUUGCCCUUCUGUAAUUUUCGGCAAGACAUUACGGAUCACAGUGAUUGGAUUCGCCACAAGGGUCCCACACCCACAUCUGGCACUGGACCUAGUGGGGACUAUCCUGAUGGCAAUAGUUAUUACAUAUACCAAGAAGGAGAUAAUGUCAGUAAUGGACAGAAAACACGCCUGUUCAGUCCUGUGUUGACCUCUACACAAGCUGAGAUUUGUGUGCAAUUUAUGUACUACAUGUAUGGCUCAGAUGACAGCAACACUUUGACUGUGUUAGCCAAACGACCUAGUGCGGAAGAUGUGCUAUGGCAGAAAACUGGAAUCCAAAGUCCAUCAUGGCUUGGUACAGCUGUUACUGUGUCUAAACCAGCCGGGCAAUCUGUUGAAAUUGUAUUUGAAGCAAAACGUGGGUUCUCUUCAUCAUGUGAUACAGCCUUGGAUAACAUUAAUAUCACAGAGGGAGCUUGUCCUGGUUGUAUAUCUCAGUGUGACUUCGAUGAAACAGAUAACCUCUGUGGAUGGACAUCAGUUUCAGAUGUGUUUGGUUGGAUUUUUUGGAAUGGACCCAGUGACACACCUGGUACAGGUCCUGAUGAUGAUUUCUCCAAACCAGGCUUGGGAUCAUACCUCUUGAUGGAUUCGCUUGAUAGUGUGCCAGGGGAGUCAGCUCAGCUGUGGAGUCCAUCUAUAUCGGCACCUUCUUCAAACUGCCUGCAGCUGACCUUCCAUUAUUAUAUGUAUGGCACAGCUCCAGACAUGGAGCUUAAUGUCCAUGCUGUUGUCAAUGGAGGAUCACUGGGGAAUCCUAUUUUCAGUAUCAGAGGAAACCAAGGUCAGGGUUGGAAACCAGCAGAAGUCAAAUACACUUCAACAGGAAAUAUACAGUUUGUAAUUAAUGGUGUGUAUGGAAGUACAGAGAAGACAGAUAUUGCAAUAGACAGUGUGUGUAUCACAAGUUGUGAUGCUAUAACACCAACCACAAAACCUACAACACCAGGAACUACUCCAAAACCUACGACUCCACAGCCCUCCACACCUAAACCAACAACACCAAAGCCAUCCACACCUCAACCCACAACUCCAAAACCAACCUCACCUACAUCGCCAACAACAACACCAGUGAAGUGUCCUCCUGAUGCUGAGUACAUUGAGUGUGGUCCAGCUUGCAUUCCCAGCUGUAAAGAACCAUCCACCAACUGCACUGGCUCCUGUAUCACUGGCUGCUUCUGCAAACCAGGGUUUGUGUUCAAGGGGAAACGCUGUGUUCCCAUCGAGAGUUGUGGAUGUCUGGAUGAAAACAAUAACUACUACGAGCCAGGAGAGAUUGUGUUUGGAAAUGGCUGCUCCAAGCUGUGUCGCUGUGCAGGCAAUUAUACCUUGAGCUGUGUGGACAACACCUGUGACCCCACAGAAGAAUGUCGGCAAGUUGGAGGAACAUACGGCUGCUAUCCUAAAGACACCUCCACCUGUAUCGCUUCAGGUGACCCACACUACACCACCUUUGAUAAGCGGAACUAUGACUUCAUGGGCAACUGCACUUACUUAAUGUCAGAGCCGUGUAACAGUACAGACGUGCCUCAUUUUGCCGUCUAUGUUGACAAUGAGAAUCGCUACAACAUUCCCACCAUCAGUUAUGUGAGUGCUGUCCAUGUCCAUGCUCUGGGAGUUCAAGUGUCCAUCCUGAAAGGAGGAGAUGUGCAGGUGAAUGGAACCAAAGUGAACAUACCACUGAGUCCUGUUACUGGAAUGGACAUCUUCAAACAGGGGACACUCUACACAGUGUCAUUAAACUUUGGUGUGACAGUUCGCUACGAUGGAAACCACUAUAUGGAUAUCAAAGUUAUCAAAGACUAUCAGGACAAGCUUUGUGGCCUGUGUGGAGACUACAAUGGUAACAUUAAUGAUGACUUCCGUACCCCCAGCGGUGAACUGGUCACCAGUCCAACAGAUUUUGGCAACAGCUGGAACACAAACCCUGACUGCAAUAAACCACCAGUCAAGCCAGAUCCAGACUGCACAGACACAGAAAAGGAUCUUUAUGAGAGUCCUGCUUACUGUGGAAUCAUAUUGGACAACCAAGGCCCAUUUGCAGUCUGUCACCCAAAAGUCAAUCCUAAUAGUUUCUUCCAAAACUGUGUGUUUGACCUGUGUGCAUUGGGUGGCCCUGACUCUGCACUGUGUGAAGCGAUUGAAGCGUACGUAAAUGAGUGUCAGGACCGUGGUGUCAUCAUCGGACCCUGGAGAAACAACACCUUCUGCCCUCUUACAUGCCCACCCAACAGCCAUUACAACUCCUGCGUGUCUCCUUGCCAGCCCUCCUGUAACCCUCCUCCACCCGGCCAAUGCAAUAGACCCUGUUCCGAGGGGUGUGUGUGUGACCCUGGAUAUGUACUCAGUGGUGACAAGUGUGUGAAGCAGGACACAUGUGGCUGCAUGCAUAAUGGACACUAUUACCAGCCUGGAGAUGAGUUCUACACUAAGGACUGUGAGCUUCUGUGCAAGUGUAACCCUCCAUUCGUCAGCUGCAGUGCUGCUGAAUGCCCUCCAAUGCAGCAGUGUGGUGUGCAGGGAGGAGAAAUAGGAUGCUACCCAGUUGACUCCAAGGACUGUAUUAUUUCUGGUGACCCCCAUUACAACACCUUUGAUGGUAAAUACUACACCUUCAUGGGCACCUGCACCUACACACUGGCUCGCACCUGCAGAAACAACACUGGCCCCUGGUUCUCUGUGGAAGGAAAAAAUGAGGAAAGAGGAAUUGCUGGAGUAUCUUAUCUCAAGAAGUUGUAUGUGACUGUCAACAACAUCACUGUAACAAUGAUGAAGAGCCGCACCACUCUGGUGAAUGGUCGUAAAGUAGCUCUACCCCACUCUCCUUCUCCUCUGAUCUCUUUGACUUCAGCUGGGCAGUAUGUUAUUCUCACCACUCCUUUUGGUCUGGAGGUGCGCUGGGAUGGCAACCACUACGCUAAGAUCACCGUGCCCAGUACUUACUAUGAUCAGAUGUGUGGUUUGUGUGGAGACUACAAUGGAAACCCCAACAAUGAUUUUACUAAACCAGACGGUUCCCUGGCUGGCAGCUCCGAUCAGUUCGGCAACAGCUGGCAAACUGAUGAAGAUGAAGACGAAACGUGCAAGCCUGAUGUCACACCUGACCCACCGUGUGACCCAAGUCUUGAGGCUGAAGUGUCUAAACCUGAGAAAUGUGGAAAAAUUACUGACAAUGCAGGACCAUUCAGGGAUUGUAUAAAGGUGGUGGACCCCCUGCCCUUCUUCCAGAGCUGUGUGUUUGAUAUGUGCCGCUACAACGGACUGCUGCAGACUCUGUGUGACCAGCUCCAGGCUUAUACUGAUGCCUGUCUCAGUGCAGGAGCUCCAGUGCACCAGUGGAGGCAGCCAGACUUCUGCCCUCUGGUUUGUCCUCCUAACAGUCACUACUCUAUGUGUGUGAGCUCAUGUCCAGAGACAUGUGUGGGUAUGAGUGGUCCACCUGGCUGUGCACAGAAGUGUGUUGAAGGCUGUGAGUGUGACCCUGGUUUUGUCCUGAGCCACAACAAGUGUGUUCCCCUUAAAGACUGUGGCUGCGUCGACCCUAACGGCUCUUACCACCCUGUGAAUGAAAGCUGGUACCUUGAAGGCUGUAAACAUCAGUGUAUGUGUCUAAGUGGAAAAACCAUUCUGUGCUACAACACCAGUUGUCUGCCUACAGAGACCUGCCAACUGCUGGAUGGAGAGUACAUCUGUAAACCCAACACAACACCCCAGCCCCCAACACCCCAGCCCCCAACCUCUGAGCCAAGCACUCCAACACCACCAGUGAAGUGUCCUCCUGAUGCUGAGUACAUUGAGUGUGGUCCAGCUUGCAUUCCCAGCUGUAAAGAACCAUCCACCAACUGCACUGGCUCCUGUAUCACUGGCUGCUUCUGCAAACCAGGGUUUGUGUUCAAGGGGAAACGCUGUGUUCCUAUCGAGAGUUGUGGAUGUCUGGAUGAAAACAAUAACUAUUACGAGCCAGGAGAGAUUGUGUUCGGAAAUGGCUGCUCCAAGCUGUGUCGCUGUGCAGGCAAUUAUACCUUGAGCUGUGUGGACAACACCUGUGACCCCACAGAAGAAUGUCGGCAAGUUGGAGGAACAUACGGCUGCUAUCCUAAAGACACCUCCACCUGUAUCGCUUCAGGUGACCCACACUACACCACCUUUGAUAAGCGGAACUAUGACUUCAUGGGCAACUGCACUUACUUAAUGUCAGAGCCGUGUAACAGUACAGACGUGCCUCAUUUUGCCGUCUAUGUUGACAAUGAGAAUCGCUACAACAUUCCCACCAUCAGUUAUGUGAGUGCUGUCCAUGUCCAUGCUCUGGGAGUUCAAGUGUCCAUCCUGAAAGGAGGAGAUGUGCAGGUGAAUGGAACCAAAGUGAACAUACCACUGAGUCCUGUUACUGGAAUGGACAUCUUCAAACAGGGGACACUCUACACAGUGUCAUUAAACUUUGGUGUGACAGUUCGCUACGAUGGAAACCACUAUAUGGAUAUCAAAGUUAUCAAAGACUAUCAGGACAAGCUUUGUGGCCUGUGUGGAGACUACAAUGGUAACAUUAAUGAUGACUUCCGUACCCCCAGCGGUGAACUGGUCACCAGUCCAACAGAUUUUGGCAACAGCUGGAACACAAACCCUGACUGCAAUAAACCACCAGUCAAGCCAGAUCCAGACUGCACAGACACAGAAAAGGAUCUUUAUGAGAGUCCUGCUUACUGUGGAAUCAUAUUGGACAACAAAGGCCCAUUUGCAGUCUGUCACCCAAAAGUCAAUCCUAAUAGUUUCUUCCAAAACUGUGUGUUUGACCUGUGUGCAUUGGGUGGCCCUGACUCUGCACUGUGUGAAGCGAUUGAAGCAUACGUAAAUGAGUGUCAGGACCGUGGUGUCAUCAUCGGACCCUGGAGAAACAACACCUUCUGCCCUCUUACAUGCCCACCCAACAGCCAUUACAACUCCUGCGUGUCUCCUUGCCAGCCAUCCUGUAACCCUCCUCCACCCGGCCAAUGCAAUAGACCCUGUUCCGAGGGGUGUGUGUGUGACCCUGGAUAUGUACUCAGUGGUGACAAGUGUGUGAAGCAGGACACAUGUGGCUGCAUGCAUAAUGGACACUAUUACCAGCCUGGAGAUGAGUUCUACACUAAGGACUGUGAGCUUCUGUGCAAGUGUAACCCUCCAUUCGUCAGCUGCAGUGCUGCUGAAUGCCCUCCAAUGCAGCAGUGUGGUGUGCAGGGAGGAGAAAUAGGAUGCUACCCAGUUGACUCCAAGGACUGUAUUAUUUCUGGUGAUCCCCAUUACAACACCUUUGAUGGUAAAUACUACACCUUCAUGGGCACCUGCACCUACACACUGGCUCGCACCUGCAGAAACAACACUGGCCCCUGGUUCUCUGUGGAAGGAAAAAAUGAGGAAAGAGGAAUUGCUGGAGUAUCUUAUCUCAAGAAGUUGUAUGUGACUGUCAACAACAUCACUGUAACAAUGAUGAAGAGCCGCACCACUCUGGUGAAUGGUCGUAAAGUAGCUCUACCCCACUCUCCUUCUCCUCUGAUCUCUUUGACUUCAGCUGGGCAGUAUGUUAUUCUCACCACUCCUUUUGGUCUGGAGGUGCGCUGGGAUGGCAACCACUACGCUAAGAUCACCGUGCCCAGUACUUACUAUGAUCAGAUGUGUGGUUUGUGUGGAGACUACAAUGGAAACCCCAACAAUGAUUUUACUAAACCAGACGGUUCCCUGGCUGGCAGCUCCGAUCAGUUCGGCAACAGCUGGCAAACUGAUGAAGAUGAAGACGAAACGUGCAAGCCUGAUGUCACACCUGACCCACCGUGUGACCCAAGUCUUGAGGCUGAAGUGUCUAAACCUGAGAAAUGUGGAAAAAUUACUGACAAUGCAGGACCAUUCAGGGAUUGUAUAAAGGUGGUGGACCCCCUGCCCUUCUUCCAGAGCUGUGUGUUUGAUAUGUGCCGCUACAACGGACUGCUGCAGACUCUGUGUGACCAGCUCCAGGCUUAUACUGAUGCCUGUCUCAGUGCAGGAGCUCCAGUGCACCAGUGGAGGCAGCCAGACUUCUGCCCUCUGGUUUGUCCUCCUAACAGUCACUACUCUAUGUGUGUGAGCUCGUGUCCAGAGACAUGUGUGGGUGUGAGUGGUCCACCUGGCUGUGCACAGAAGUGUGUUGAAGGCUGUGAGUGUGACCCUGGUUUUGUCCUGAGCCACAACAAGUGUGUUCCCCUUAAAGACUGUGGCUGCGUCGACCCUAACGGCUCUUACCACCCUGUGAAUGAGAGCUGGUACCUUGAAGGCUGUAAACAUCAGUGUGUGUGUCUAAGUGGAAAAACCAUUCUGUGCUACAACACCAGUUGUCUGCCUACAGAGACCUGCCAACUGCUGGAUGGAGAGUACAUCUGUAAACCCAACACAACACCCCAGCCCCCAACUCCCCAGCCCCCAACCUUUGAGCCAAGCACUCCAACACCACCAGUGAAGUGUCCUCCUGAUGCUGAGUACAUUGAGUGUGGUCCAGCUUGCAUUCCCAGCUGUAAAGAACCAUCCACCAACUGCACUGGCUCCUGUAUCACUGGCUGCUUCUGCAAACCAGGGUUUGUGUUCAAGGGGAAACGCUGUGUUCCCAUCGAGAGUUGUGGAUGUCUGGAUGAAAACAAUAACUAUUACGAGCCAGGAGAGAUUGUGUUUGGAAAUGGCUGCUCCAAGCUGUGUCGCUGUGCAGGCAAUUAUACCUUGAGCUGUGUGGACAACACCUGUGACCCCACAGAAGAAUGUCGGCAAGUUGGAGGAACAUACGGCUGCUAUCCUAAAGACACCUCCACCUGUAUCGCUUCAGGUGACCCACACUACACCACCUUUGAUAAGCGGAACUAUGACUUCAUGGGCAACUGCACUUACUUAAUGUCAGAGCCGUGUAACAGUACAGACGUGCCUCAUUUUGCCGUCUAUGUUGACAAUGAGAAUCGCUACAACAUUCCCACCAUCAGUUAUGUGAGUGCUGUCCAUGUCCAUGCUCUGGGAGUUCAAGUGUCCAUCCUGAAAGGAGGAGAUGUGCAGGUGAAUGGAACCAAAGUGAACAUACCACUGAGUCCUGUUACUGGAAUGGACAUCUUCAAACAGGGGACACUCUACACAGUGUCAUUAAACUUUGGUGUGACAGUUCGCUACGAUGGAAACCACUAUAUGGAUAUCAAAGUUAUCAAAGACUAUCAGGACAAGCUUUGUGGCCUGUGUGGAGACUACAAUGGUAACAUUAAUGAUGACUUCCGUACCCCCAGCGGUGAACUGGUCACCAGUCCAACAGAUUUUGGCAACAGCUGGAACACAAACCCUGACUGCAAUAAACCACCAGUCAAGCCAGAUCCAGACUGCACAGACACAGAAAAGGAUCUUUAUGAGAGUCCUGCUUACUGUGGAAUCAUAUUGGACAACAAAGGCCCAUUUGCAGUCUGUCACCCAAAAGUCAAUCCUAAUAGUUUCUUCCAAAACUGUGUGUUUGACCUGUGUGCAUUGGGUGGCCCUGACUCUGCACUGUGUGAAGCGAUUGAAGCGUACGUAAAUGAGUGUCAGGACCGUGGUGUCAUCAUCGGACCCUGGAGAAACAACACCUUCUGCCCUCUUACAUGCCCACCCAACAGCCAUUACAACUCCUGCGUGUCUCCUUGCCAGCCCUCCUGUAACCCUCCUCCACCCGGCCAAUGCAAUAGACCCUGUUCCGAGGGGUGUGUGUGUGACCCUGGAUAUGUACUCAGUGGUGACAAGUGUGUGAAGCAGGACACAUGUGGCUGCAUGCAUAAUGGACACUAUUACCAGCCUGGAGAUGAGUUCUACACUAAGGACUGUGAGCUUCUGUGCAAGUGUAACCCUCCAUUCGUCAGCUGCAGUGCUGCUGAAUGCCCUCCAAUGCAGCAGUGUGGUGUGCAGGGAGGAGAAAUAGGAUGCUACCCAGUUGACUCCAAGGACUGUAUUAUUUCUGGUGAUCCCCAUUACAACACCUUUGAUGGUAAAUACUACACCUUCAUGGGCACCUGCACCUACACACUGGCUCGCACCUGCAGAAACAACACUGGCCCCUGGUUCUCUGUGGAAGGAAAAAAUGAGGAAAGAGGAAUUGCUGGAGUAUCUUAUCUCAAGAAGUUGUAUGUGACUGUCAACAACAUCACUGUAACAAUGAUGAAGAGCCGCACCACUCUGGUGAAUGGUCGUAAAGUAGCUCUACCCCACUCUCCUUCUCCUCUGAUCUCUUUGACUUCAGCUGGGCAGUAUGUUAUUCUCACCACUCCUUUUGGUCUGGAGGUGCGCUGGGAUGGCAACCACUACGCUAAGAUCACCGUGCCCAGUACUUACUAUGAUCAGAUGUGUGGUUUGUGUGGAGACUACAAUGGAAACCCCAACAAUGAUUUUACUAAACCAGACGGUUCCCUGGCUGGCAGCUCCGAUCAGUUCGGCAACAGCUGGCAAACUGAUGAAGAUGAAGACGAAACGUGCAAGCCUGAUGUCACACCUGACCCACCGUGUGACCCAAGUCUUGAGGCUGAAGUGUCUAAACCUGAGAAAUGUGGAAAAAUUACUGACAAUGCAGGACCAUUCAGGGAUUGUAUAAAGGUGGUGGACCCCCUGCCCUUCUUCCAGAGCUGUGUUUUUGAUAUGUGCCGCUACAACGGACUGCUGCAGACUCUGUGUGACCAGCUCCAGGCUUAUACUGAUGCCUGUCUCAGUGCAGGAGCUCCAGUGCACCAGUGGAGGGAGCCAGACUUCUGCCCUCUGGUUUGUCCUCCUAACAGUCACUACUCUAUGUGUGUGAGCUCGUGUCCAGAGACAUGUGUGGGUGUGAGUGGUCCACCUGGCUGUGCACAGAAGUGUGUUGAAGGCUGUGAGUGUGACCCUGGUUUUGUCCUGAGCCACAACAAGUGUGUUCCCCUUAAAGACUGUGGCUGUGUCGACCCUGACGGCUCUUACCACCCUGUGAAUGAGAGCUGGUACCUUGAAGGCUGUAAACAUCAGUGUGUGUGUCUAAGUGGAAAAACCAUUCUGUGCUACAACACCAGUUGUCUGCCUACAGAGACCUGCCAACUGCUGGAUGGAGAGUACAUCUGUAAACCCAACACAACACCCCAGCCCCCAACUCCCCAGCCCCCAACCUUUGAGCCAAGCACUCCAACACCACCAGUGAAGUGUCCUCCUGAUGCUGAGUACAUUGAGUGUGGUCCAGCUUGCAUUCCCAGCUGUAAAGAACCAUCCACCAACUGCACUGGCUCCUGUAUCACUGGCUGCUUCUGCAAACCAGGGUUUGUGUUCAAGGGGAAACGCUGUGUUCCUAUCGAGAGUUGUGGAUGUCUGGAUGAAAACAAUAACUAUUACGAGCCAGGAGAGAUUGUGUUCGGAAAUGGCUGCUCCAAGCUGUGUCGCUGUGCAGGCAAUUAUACCUUGAGCUGUGUGGACAACACCUGUGACCCCACAGAAGAAUGUCGGCAAGUUGGAGGAACAUACGGCUGCUAUCCUAAAGACACCUCCACCUGUAUCGCUUCAGGUGACCCACACUACACCACCUUUGAUAAGCGGAACUAUGACUUCAUGGGCAACUGCACUUACUUAAUGUCAGAGCCGUGUAACAGUACAGACGUGCCUCAUUUUGCCGUCUAUGUUGACAAUGAGAAUCGCUACAACAUUCCCACCAUCAGUUAUGUGAGUGCUGUCCAUGUCCAUGCUCUGGGAGUUCAAGUGUCCAUCCUGAAAGGAGGAGAUGUGCAGGUGAAUGGAACCAAAGUGAACAUACCACUGAGUCCUGUUACUGGAAUGGACAUCUUCAAACAGGGGACACUCUACACAGUGUCAUUAAACUUUGGUGUGACAGUUCGCUACGAUGGAAACCACUAUAUGGAUAUUAAAGUUAUCAAAGACUAUCAGGACAAGCUUUGUGGCCUGUGUGGAGACUACAAUGGUAACAUUAAUGAUGACUUCCGUACCCCCAGCGGUGAACUGGUCACCAGUCCAACAGAUUUUGGCAACAGCUGGAACACAAACCCUGACUGCAAUAAACCACCAGUCAAGCCAGAUCCAGACUGCACAGACACAGAAAAGGAUCUUUAUGAGAGUCCUGCUUACUGUGGAAUCAUAUUGGACAACAAAGGCCCAUUUGCAGUCUGUCACCCAAAAGUCAAUCCUAAUAGUUUCUUCCAAAACUGUGUGUUUGACCUGUGUGCAUUGGGUGGCCCUGACUCUGCACUGUGUGAAGCGAUUGAAGCGUACGUAAAUGAGUGUCAGGACCGUGGUGUCAUCAUCGGACCCUGGAGAAACAACACCUUCUGCCCUCUUACAUGCCCACCCAACAGCCAUUACAACUCCUGCGUGUCUCCUUGCCAGCCCUCCUGUAACCCUCCUCCACCCGGCCAAUGCAAUAGACCCUGUUCCGAGGGGUGUGUGUGUGACCCUGGAUAUGUACUCAGUGGUGACAAGUGUGUGAAGCAGGACACAUGUGGCUGCAUGCAUAAUGGACACUAUUACCAGCCUGGAGAUGAGUUCUACACUAAGGACUGUGAGCUUCUGUGCAAGUGUAACCCUCCAUUCGUCAGCUGCAGUGCUGCUGAAUGCCCUCCAAUGCAGCAGUGUGGUGUGCAGGGAGGAGAAAUAGGAUGCUACCCAGUUGACUCCAAGGACUGUAUUAUUUCUGGUGAUCCCCAUUACAACACCUUUGAUGGUAAAUACUACACCUUCAUGGGCACCUGCACCUACACACUGGCUCGCACCUGCAGAAACAACACUGGCCCCUGGUUCUCUGUGGAAGGAAAAAAUGAGGAAAGAGGAAUUGCUGGAGUAUCUUAUCUCAAGAAGUUGUAUGUGACUGUCAACAACAUCACUGUAACAAUGAUGAAGAGCCGCACCACUCUGGUGAAUGGUCGUAAAGUAGCUCUACCCCACUCUCCUUCUCCUCUGAUCUCUAUGACUUCAGCUGGGCAGUAUGUUAUUCUCACCACUCCUUUUGGUCUGGAGGUGCGCUGGGAUGGCAACCACUACGCUAAGAUCACCGUGCCCAGUACUUACUAUGAUCAGAUGUGUGGUUUGUGUGGAGACUACAAUGGAAACUCCAACAAUGAUUUUACUAAACCAGACGGUUCCCUGGCUGGCAGCUCCGAUCAGUUCGGCAACAGCUGGCAAACUGAUGAAGAUGAAGACGAAACGUGCAAGCCUGAUGUCACACCUGACCCACCGUGUGACCCAAGUCUUGAGGCUGAAGUGUCUAAACCUGAGAAAUGCGGGAAAAUCACUGACAACAAAGGACCAUUUAGGGAUUGUAUAAAGGUGGUGGACCCCCUGCCCUUCUUCCAGAGCUGUGUGUUUGAUAUGUGCCGCUACAACGGACUGCUGCAGACUCUGUGUGACCAGCUCCAGGCUUAUACUGAUGCCUGUCUCAGUGCAGGAGCUCCAGUGCACCAGUGGAGGCAGCCAGACUUCUGCCCUCUGGUUUGUCCUCCUAACAGUCACUACUCUAUGUGUGUGAGCUCGUGUCCAGAGACAUGUGUGGGUGUGAGUGGUCCACCUGGCUGUGCACAGAAGUGUGUUGAAGGCUGUGAGUGUGACCCUGGUUUUGUCCUGAGCCACAACAAGUGUGUUCCCCUUAAAGACUGUGGCUGCGUCGACCCUAACGGCUCUUACCACCCUGUGAAUGAAAGCUGGUACCUUGAAGGCUGUAAACAUCAGUGUAUGUGUCUAAGUGGAAAAACCAUUCUGUGCUACAACACCAGUUGUCUGCCUACAGAGACCUGCCAACUGCUGGAUGGAGAGUACAUCUGUAAACCCAACACAACACCCCAGCCCCCAACACCCCAGCCCCCAACCUCUGAGCCAAGCACUCCAACACCACCAGUGAAGUGUCCUCCUGAUGCUGAGUACAUUGAGUGUGGUCCAGCUUGCAUUCCCAGCUGUAAAGAACCAUCCACCAACUGCACUGGCUCCUGUAUCACUGGCUGCUUCUGCAAACCAGGGUUUGUGUUCAAGGGGAAACGCUGUGUUCCCAUCGAGAGUUGUGGAUGUCUGGAUGAAAACAAUAACUACUACGAGCCAGGAGAGAUUGUGUUCGGAAAUGGCUGCUCCAAGCUGUGUCGCUGUGCAGGCAAUUAUACCUUGAGCUGUGUGGACAACACCUGUGACCCCACAGAAGAAUGUCGGCAAGUUGGAGGAACAUACGGCUGCUAUCCUAAAGACACCUCCACCUGUAUCGCUUCAGGUGACCCACACUACACCACCUUUGAUAAGCGGAACUAUGACUUCAUGGGCAACUGCACUUACUUAAUGUCAGAGCCGUGUAACAGUACAGACGUGCCUCAUUUUGCCGUCUAUGUUGACAAUGAGAAUCGCUACAACAUUCCCACCAUCAGUUAUGUGAGUGCUGUCCAUGUCCAUGCUCUGGGAGUUCAAGUGUCCAUCCUGAAAGGAGGAGAUGUGCAGGUGAAUGGAACCAAAGUGAACAUACCACUGAGUCCUGUUACUGGAAUGGACAUCUUCAAACAGGGGACACUCUACACAGUGUCAUUAAACUUUGGUGUGACAGUUCGCUACGAUGGAAACCACUAUAUGGAUAUUAAAGUUAUCAAAGACUAUCAGGACAAGCUUUGUGGCCUGUGUGGAGACUACAAUGGUAACAUUAAUGAUGACUUCCGUACCCCCAGCGGUGAACUGGUCACCAGUCCAACAGAUUUUGGCAACAGCUGGAACACAAACCCUGACUGCAAUAAACCACCAGUCAAGCCAGAUCCAGACUGCACAGACACAGAAAAGGAUCUUUAUGAGAGUCCUGCUUACUGUGGAAUCAUAUUGGACAACCAAGGCCCAUUUGCAGUCUGUCACCCAAAAGUCAAUCCUAAUAGUUUCUUCCAAAACUGUGUGUUUGACCUGUGUGCAUUGGGUGGCCCUGACUCUGCACUGUGUGAAGCGAUUGAAGCGUACGUAAAUGAGUGUCAGGACCGUGGUGUCAUCAUCGGACCCUGGAGAAACAACACCUUCUGCCCUCUUACAUGCCCACCCAACAGCCAUUACAACUCCUGCGUGUCUCCUUGCCAGCCCUCCUGUAACCCUCCUCCACCCGGCCAAUGCAAUAGACCCUGUUCCGAGGGGUGUGUGUGUGACCCUGGAUAUGUACUCAGUGGUGACAAGUGUGUGAAGCAGGACACAUGUGGCUGCAUGCAUAAUGGACACUAUUACCAGCCUGGAGAUGAGUUCUACACUAAGGACUGUGAGCUUCUGUGCAAGUGUAACCCUCCAUUCGUCAGCUGCAGUGCUGCUGAAUGCCCUCCAAUGCAGCAGUGUGGUGUGCAGGGAGGAGAAAUAGGAUGCUACCCAGUUGACUCCAAGGACUGUAUUAUUUCUGGUGAUCCCCAUUACAACACCUUUGAUGGUAAAUACUACACCUUCAUGGGCACCUGCACCUACACACUGGCUCGCACCUGCAGAAACAACACUGGCCCCUGGUUCUCUGUGGAAGGAAAAAAUGAGGAAAGAGGAAUUGCUGGAGUAUCUUAUCUCAAGAAGUUGUAUGUGACUGUCAACAACAUCACUGUAACAAUGAUGAAGAGCCGCACCACUCUGGUGAAUGGUCGUAAAGUAGCUCUACCCCACUCUCCUUCUCCUCUGAUCUCUUUGACUUCAGCUGGGCAGUAUGUUAUUCUCACCACUCCUUUUGGUCUGAAGGUGAGCUGGGAUGGCAACCACUACGCUAAGAUCACCGUGCCCAGUACUAACUAUGAUCAGAUGUGUGGUUUGUGUGGAGACUACAAUGGAAACUCCAACAAUGAUUUUACUAAACCAGACGGUUCCUUGGCUGGCAGCUCCGAUCAGUUCGGCAACAGCUGGCAAACUGAUAAAGAUGAAGACGAAACGUGCAAGCCUGGUGUCACACCUGACCCAUCAUGUGACCCAAGUCUUGAGGCUGAAGUGUCUAAACCUGAGAAAUGUGGAAAAAUUACUGACAACAAAGGACCAUUUAGGGAUUGUAUAAAGGUGGUGGACCCCCUGCCCUUCUUCCAGAGCUGUGUGUUUGAUAUGUGCCGCUACAACGGACUGCUGCAGACUCUGUGUGACCAGCUCCAGGCUUAUACUGAUGCCUGUCUCAGUGCAGGAGCUCCAGUGCACCAGUGGAGGGAGCCAGACUUCUGCCCUCUGGUUUGUCCUCCUAACAGUCACUACUCUAUGUGUGUGAGCUCAUGUCCAGAGACAUGUGUGGGUGUGAGUGGUCCACCUGGCUGUGCACAGAAGUGUGUUGAAGGCUGUGAGUGUGACCCUGGUUUUGUCCUGAGCCACAACAAGUGUGUUCCCCUUAAAGACUGUGGCUGUGUCGACCCUAAUGGCUCUUACCACCCUGUGAAUGAGAGCUGGUACCUGGAAGGGUGUGAACAUCAGUGUGUGUGUCUAAGUGGAAAAACCAUCCGCUGCUCCAACACCAGUUGUCUGCCUACAGAGACCUGCCAGCUGUUUGAUGGAGAGUACAUCUGUAAACCAAAAGAGCCUACAGUUCCAGGGAUCUGCUCUGUGUCCGGAGACCCUCAUUACACCUCUUUUGAUAAUAAGGUCCAUCAUUUCAUGGGUUCCUGCUCCUACACCCUCACUAAACCCUGCAAUGAAACAUCUGGGAUGCCAUACUUUACUGUCGACACUCAGAAUGAACACAGGGGCAAUAACAAGAAAGUGUCUUAUGUGAAAUCAGUCAUCAUCAAUGUGUAUGGAAAUAAGAUUAUCUUAGGCAAAGGCCGUAAGGUCCAGGUAAAUGGAGUUCAGCUGACAGUUCCCAUCACUCUGACAAAUGAUAUAAACAUCUUCCUCAGUGGAACAUUUGUAGUGCUGGAGACAAACUUUGGUCUGCGUGUGCGCUUUGAUGGCAAUCACCAUGCCGAUGUCAGUCUCCCAUCCUCCUACAAAGGCUUGUUAUGUGGAAUGUGUGGAAAUUACAAUGACAACCCAGCAGAUGACAACAUUAUGUCAAGUGGCAAGCCUACAAGCAACACCAAUGAGCUUGGAGAGAGCUGGCAGGUGCCUGAUGACAGACCAGAUUGUACCAAUGGAGGUGGAGAUAUUGUAUGUGAUAAAGAUAUUGAGAGUGAAGCUAAGAAACCAACCAGCUGUGGAAUGAUCACUGAUCCUGAUGGAAUCUUCAAAGCAUGCCAUACUGUUGUGCCGCCUAAUCCAUACUUUGAGAACUGCGUUUUCGACCAGUGUGGCACAGGUGGUUCCCCAGUGGCCCUCUGCCAGGCUAUUGAGAGCUACGCUGUACUUUGUGCCCAAGCUGGGGUGCCAAUUAACUGGAGAAACAACACUUUCUGCCCCCUAAAAUGUGCUGUUGGCAGUCACUAUGAGCACUGUGCUACUGCAUGCCCCGCCAGCUGUCAGGAUCCUGGCUCAGCCAGCACAUGCAAACAGCCAUGUGUAGAAGGAUGUGUUUGUGAUGAAGGACUGAUAUUGAGCGGAGACAAAUGUGUGCCCUUCAGUCAGUGUGGAUGUACCGAUAAGAACAGCAACUAUAGACCUGUGGGUGAAAGCUGGUUUACUAAGGAUGACUGCUCUGAACGCUGCAUGUGUCAUCCUUUGAACAAUGUGACAUGUGAAGCAUGGAAGUGCAGCCCCGCACAAGAAUGUAAAGUUCAAGAAGGCCAGCUGGGCUGUGUAGAUACAGGAGUGGGUAUUUGCCACAUAGCUGGCGAUCCUCAUUACUAUACCUUUGAUGGUGUCAUGCACACUUACAUGGGCACAUGUACCUACACUUUGGUGGAAGUGUGCAACACCUCCAUGGUGACUCCAUUUACCAUUGUGGCCAAGAAUGAAGAGCGUGGCCAGCCUGAGGCCUCCUAUGUUCGGUCUGUCACUGUCUACCUUCCAGGAGCCAAUGUCACACUGAGCAAGAGCAAGAGAGUACUGCUGGAUGGCCAAAGGAUUCGUACUCCCAUGGACAUUACUGUCGCCAAGGCCAGGGUGUUCACCAGUGGAGUCAACAGUGUUCUGUCCACUGACUUUGGCCUCAUUGUCCAGUUUGAUGGUGUUCACCAUGUGGAAAUCACUGUUCCUGGUGACUACUUCGACAAGGUAUGUGGAAUGUGUGGUAACUACAAUGGUAAUUCCAGUGAUGACAACUUGAUGCCAAAUGGCCAGCCAGCUGACAAUGUCAUAGAGUUGGGUAACAGCUGGAAGGCAGAGGGAGACAGCGAUCCAGGAUGCCAGCCAGACACACGUCCAGAUGUGCACCCGAACUGCACAGCCGAGGAAGAGGAGGCCAUCAGUGAACAGUGUGCCAGCAUCAUGAUGUCAAACCUGUUUAAACCCUGCCACUCACUUAUCCCUCCUGAUCCCUUUGUGAAAAACUGCAUCUAUGACAUGUGCGAGUAUAAUGGCAUGGAGUCCACUCUGUGUGACAACGUGGAGGCCUAUGCCCAGGCCUGUCAGAGCGCCGGUGUUACAAUCAGCUGGAGAAACAUUACCUUCUGCCCUCUUCCAUGCCCUCCAAACAGCCAUUACUCAGACUGUACAGCACCAUGCCCUCCCACCUGUGCAGACCUUUUCCCCAUUUUCUGUCCCCUGCCACCAAAUGGAUGUGUGGAGGGCUGCCAGUGUAACGCAGGCUUUGUGCUGAGUGAUGGCAAGUGUGUUUCACUUUCCAACUGUGGAUGUGUGGACAGCAAAGGAGAAUAUCAUGAUGUUGGGGAUUCUUGGGUGACACAACACUGUGACCAGAAGUGCACAUGCAGCCACGGAGGAGUACUGAGCUGCAAGAAGUUUCAGUGUAGCUCCAGCUCCACUUGUGCUUUGAACAGUGAUGGCGAGCGCUACUGCAAACCUGAGCGUUUUGACAAGUGCAUAAUUUCUGGAGAUCCACACUAUCGGACCUUUGACAAAUUCAAUCACCACUACCAGGGUGCGUAUACAUACAUGCUAACCAAGGAUAAUAAUCUACCCAGUUUCCUCACCCCCCUAACCGUGAGGGGUAAGAAUGUUCGCAGAGGAGGCAACAACCGCAUCUCCUUUCUACACGAGGUGUAUGUGGAUGUGUAUGGUUUCAACAUUCGCUUGCAGCAGAAGAGAGUGCUGCUGGUUAAUGGUGAGCGUGUGUUCACGCCGUACAGUCCUAACCCGGGUAUCAAGAUCACCUUGAACUCCUGUUACCUUCAGGUCACAACUGACUUUGGCCUCACCGUGCGCUUUGAUGGCAACAUGCAAGGAGAGGUGAUUUUGCCGAGCACCUACAAGACGUUCGUGCUUGGCCUUUGUGGAAACUAUGACAGUCAGUCGAAAAAUGAGUAUGUGAAGCCUGAUGGCACCCUCACUCGUGACCUCAAUGAGUUUGGAGACAGCUGGAGAGUGAGUGACAAGCAGGGAUUGGAGUUCUACACCUCAGACCAGCCACGGCACAACCGUCUGCACAAGAGACAGGCGGAAGAAGAUUUGAACUCGGGCUUUGACGAACUCGGAUGCACUCCAGCUCAGCAGGAGGACCUGAAUGGGAAGAAUAAGUGUGGAGCAUUGAGUGACCCCUCAGGACCCUUUGCCCUCUGCCAUGCCACUAUUUUACCUGAUCAAUUCCAGGAGGAUUGUGUGUUCGACUUGUGUGCAGAGCAGAGCAAUUCAACACUGCGUUGUGACAGCUAUGCUGUUUAUGCCCUGGCUUGUCAGGAGCAGGGAAUUAAAUUAGGGGCUUGGAGACAACAGCUGGACUGUGGUCUUUCAUGUGGUGCCAACAGUAUCUAUACAACCUGCAUGACUGCAUGUCCAUCAUCAUGCGCAAACUUGGCAGCACCCUCAGAGUGUGAGCAAACCACAUGCUUAGAAGGAUGUCAAUGUAAUAAUGGAUUUACCCUGAGUGGCACUGAGUGUGUCCCGUACACCGGAUGUGGUUGUAGCUAUUUAAACCGCUAUUACACUCUGAUGGAGACAUUUGUGACUGAAGACUGUGCUCAGAGCUGUCAGUGUACACCCACUGGUGCUGUAUGUCAACCCAAAGGCUGCAAAGAAAACCAAGUCUGUACCAUCUCGAACACCAUACGUGAUUGCUACGACUUGAACCCAUGCUCAAGCUCACCAUGCUUGAACGGUGGCACUUGUGUUGUGGGAUCAGACAACAGCUACACCUGCGAAUGUCCAAAAGGCUUUAAAGGGAGCAAUUGUGAAACUGAAGAUAGUAAUGGUCUAGAUCAGACAACCAUCAUUCUGAUUUCUGUCUUGGUACCACUUGCCGUCAUCAUCAUCAUCGUGACAAUUGUGUGCAUCUGCAAGAAAUCUGGCAGGUACAAAAAAUACAGUUAUGAUACUAGCAGCACAAACAGUAUACCACUGGCAAAUAAAGACCACAUCUAUGACAAUCUGAGUACGGCAAGUGGAAGUGUGGACAGCACAGUUUUAAAAGCGUCCAAAUUCUAAAUCAGCCAUAUGUUCUAAUUUUAAUAUGAUUUCAUUUUGUAUUUAUUAAAAUAUCAUUGUUGCAGGAAUUAACAUGUGAACAACUAUUCAAUUACUUUUGUCCAUGAUUAAUGUUUUCUAAUCAUGUUUCACUUACUAACUUAUUUGUAAACAUUACUGUAAUUCUUGGUACAAUACUUGGAA